UAAGUUGCGUCGCUACGAUCGUAGAUCGGGGGUAAUGUAUGAUAUAUAUGUAUGACCAUCCGUUAGAGUGAAUGCGCACGUUGCGGAUAUUGCUUUUAUGUUACAAGUGUAUUAUCGCAUUUUUAAUUAUCACAAUGGAUAUUGACGUUACUAAGCGGUUUGUCGUUUUGAAAUUUAUAAAUGAAGAUGUUGAUUGCGACGAGGAAGACGAUUCUUUAUUUGAAGUUGGUCUUAUUAAAUGGCUAAAACAAUUAGAUGAAGAAACAAAUGCAAAAAUUUCUUGGCCUCCUAAAUCUGAGCAGAGUACUGCAAUUAAAAAAGAAAUAGAUGCACUUCCUUCAUGGCCGAUAUAUAAUGUUACUGUUUUAAAAUGUUAUGAUACACUUUUGGCUGCACGAAAUGCACGAAAUGGAUAUAUUAUGUCGUCUAAUUAUGAAACAGAGUGUGAAUUUGGUCGUGGUAAACGUAAAAAAAUUAAGCGGCAGUUUGCAUGUGAUGAAUCUCUCUCGACAGAAGUGACAAAAAAGAAGAAAUUUAAAAAUAUUUCAACUUCUGAUGAUUCAGAUUUUGAUAGAGAUGAUAGUGCUAUAAAAAAAUAUAAAUUUAAACAUGCUCCUUCUCCGCCACUUAUCUUGUUUCGAUCAGAAAAUAAUAAAGUAAAACAAUAUCAAAACAAUAUUAUCACAGAUAGCAAAACAAAAAAAUUUGAAAGAUUACAGAAAAAUAAACAAUUAGAAAAAAAAAUGACGCAAUGUUGACAUUUUCUAAAAAUCAUAAAUCUAAAAAGGAUCUCUUACUUACAAAAAUAUGUCAAGCAAGGAAGGUAACUUCAGUUACGGAUAACAAAACAAAAAUCAUAGAGAUUGCAAGAGAAAAACAGAAAUGUUUAAUAGAAGAUAAUAUGGAUUCUGAUAAUGCUACAGAAGAAAAUAUUGAUCCUAAUAUUCCACGAGAGGACGAUUUUUCAAUGAAAGUUCAAGAUAUGUCAUCAAAUAAAGAUGUAUCUCCAAGUACAAGUGCAAGAUCGAUAAAUAUAGAGACACCAGGUACAUCAAAAGAUUACUGUAUUUAUGAAGCAAAUAUAUCUGAUGAAAAAUCAUCAUCUUCAAUAUGCACUUCUCCAUCAGAAUUACGUCAAAAGAGUCCAGUUACUUCACAUGUGACAGCUGUAACUACACCGAGUUCAUCUUGUAGAUCAAGUAGUGUAUUAGAUGUGUCUAAAGCGACCUUUGAUAUGAAAGCUUUUGAAAAAAAGAUGUAUUCGUUAAAUCAAGAAAUUAGUAGCAAAUUAGAUAUGAUUACUAUGAAUUUAUGCCGAUUAAAUCGCUUUCUUCUACCACAUGAGAAAAGAAUAAUAAGACCAGCAGAUCUUCCAGCACUUCCAUUGACAACAGAGGAAGAAUUAGAAAAAUUUGAAAAAUAUUUAACGAAAGAUGAUAAUGCUGGUGCAACUAUUUGUUACAUGAGUCAAAUUAUUGGUCCUAAAGACAAUAUUAAGGAAGCUACAUAUAAAGUACUAAGGAAACUUAUUUCAAACACAUUGGCAGCAGACUUUACUUUAAAAAGUGGUAAACAUUUAUCCAAAAAAUGUUUCGAAAAGCUGAUGCUGUAUGAAGUUGUUCAAGGUGCCAUUUUAGACAAAAGGCCAGAAACAGAAAUCCCAGAGAUUGAUGCAGCUACUUCACUGUGGCUAAAGCAAGCACCUUGGCGUCGCCAAGAUGACGGCAGUAUGGGGAAAAAAAUAAAAAAAUAAGAUUAU